CCUAGUUAACGGAUUUCUGCAACAGUUUUGGAUUGACCGCCGUACUAGUCAAAAAGAAUAUUUAUUAUUAUUGAAUCAAGAAAGAAAGAGAAAAAAACCCCUAAGUGGGACCGACCGACCGACCACCAUUAGUUACAUGAUUUGUGUCCGGCACUAACGGCUGCAGACACUCUCGCACCAACUGUUAACAUACGAGUGACUGUACUGUAAACAGUACUCAUGUACUUUUUCUAUCAAAAGCAGCAAGAAGCGAAGAAGAGUCGUCUAAGAGAGGAGAAUGACCUAAAUACCCUCAAGAUAGGAUAGCCUAACGAGUCCACUGCACAGUGCACAGAACCGCUCCUCUGUAUACCCUCUAAUCUAUUAAUGAUUCCCUGUCUUCUCCUUCACUACCCUUCCCCUUUGCGCGAAUUCCUUCUCGCCUACCCGCCUAAAAAAAUAUAUUUUCCGUUUCAUUCAACUCUUAAAUUACUCUUAAUCACCUACUAAUCCCAUUAUCCCCCCUCUUAAUUAGUGCCUCGUCUGCUUUAAAGCUUUGAUUUCGCUGCUUCUGCCAGACCUUGCUUACUGCAGAACACUAUAGAGUUUUUUACGUGAGUUUUUUUUCCUAAUCUCUGUUUGGUUGCUGAGAAGAAUUUGAGGAAAGUUGGGGUUGGGCAUGUUUCGUGUUGUUCUGGGUUUAAAAGUUCCAGAAAAGAAAAGGGUUCUUUUUUAGAAAAUGGAUUAUUUAUUUGCUUUGGAAAGCGUGUUUUUUUAAGCUGUACCCUGUUUGGCUGCUGAGAAUGUGUAAGCUGAGGUAAAGUUUAUUUUUCUCCACAAGGUUAUGUUUUUAACUUUGUUAAACAAGCCAAGUGUUUAAUGUGGCUUUUUUGCGGCCAAUUCUCUCUGUUCUUGUUUUUCUUGAUGGGAAACCAAACUGGGUAUUUGAGUUAAUUUGAACUUUUUUUUUAGUUUCGACAAAGUUCAUUUGGUUAGUUUUAUGUCGUGUAAUUGUUGUUUGGUUGAUUCAGAUGGGGUGUUUUAGAUGAUAUAGAGGGGUUUCAAUUCCAGCUGUCUCCUGGGAGUCAGCAAAUUCUAGAUAAAAUUAUUGCAGACUUUAGGACUUGGGUUCGAGUCAUAUUGAUGAUCACAGACUAGCUGUUAAUCAGAGCAAUCAAUACAACAUGGUUCUGCGUCAUGGAGAUGUUCAGAAUUAUGAAGAGAAUGGGUUGGAUUUUGAUAGUGAUGUGAAGCUGGAUGCUGAUCAAGGACAUAACGAUGUUGAUGACCAAGAAAAUCAGUUGACCCCUAUCUCUCAGGGAAGAAGGUUAGGUUUAAUGGAAAAACAUGAAUUGGCUAUUCAAAAACACUCUGUUUCUCACGAAAAUUCAAGUUCAGAUGUGAAACAAAAUCAGGAGACGAGCCUUGUAAUUGAUACUCCUGUUAUUCAGUCUCGUGUCCAUGAUCCUGUUCCCAAUCAUCAGCUGACUGUUGGCCAACAGUUCCCUGAUGUGCACAGCUGUCGGAGAGCACUCAGAGAUGCAGCCAUUGCUAAUCACUUUGAGAUGAAGACAAUUAAAUCUGACAAGACUCGUUUCGUGGCUAAAUGUGCCAGUGAGGGAUGCCCUUGGCGAAUUCAUGCUGCAAAGCUUCCAGAUGUUCCUACAUUCACAAUUAGGACCUUGCCUAAUGAACAUACUUGUGAUGGAAUUACACAUCUUGGUCACCAACAAGCCUCGGUCCAGUGGAUUGCAGACUCCAUUGAAAGGAGCCUCAGGGAAAACCCUCAUUACAAACCGAAGGAGAUACUGGAAGAAAUUCAUCAGGUUCAUGGUAUCUCAUUAUCAUACAAGCAAGCCUGGAGAGCAAAGGAGCGGAUCAUGGCUGCUGUUAACGAGUCAUUUGAGGAAGAAUUCCACCUCCUCCCAUGGUAUUGUCACCAGAUUGGAAGGACAAACCCAGGAAGUAUAGCUGUGGUUUAUGGGAAUUCUGUUGAUAGAAGUUUUGAACGCCUAUUUGUUUCAUUCAAAGCUUCAAUUUAUGGAUUUUUGAAUGCUUGUUGUCCUCUUAUCGCCCUUGAUGAAAUGCUUUUGAAAGGCAAGUACCAUGGAACCUUGCUUUUGGCCACUGGUUUUGAUGGAGAGGGUGCUGUAUUUCCUUUGGCAUUUGCCGUGGUUGAUGAUGAAAGCAAAGUUGAGUGGAUGUGGUUCCUCUCAGAGCUGCAUAACUUGCUUGAAGCUAACAUGGUAAACAUGCCAAAGCUUACAAUUCUAUCAGAUAGACAGAAAAGCAUCAUAGAUGGAAUAGAAGUACACUUCCCAAGUGCUUUUCAUGGAUUAUGCGUUCAUCAUCUCAUCGACAAUUUCAGCAAGGAGUUCAACAAUACCAUACUAGCCAACCUUCUCUGGGAAGCUGCUUUUGCUCUCACUGCAAUUGAAUUUGAACAGAAAAUCACACUGAUUGAAGAACUGUCAGAGGAUGCAGCUCAUUGGAUUAGAAGAAUUGACCCUCACCUGUGGGCGUCAGCAUAUUUUGAGGGAAAAAGACUUGGACAUCUAACAGCUGACAUAGUUGAAUCAUUAGGUUCUUUGAUACUGGAAGCAUCUGGACUUCCAAUAAUUCAAAUGAUGGAGUGUAUCCGUAGACAGCUGAUGAUGUGGUUCAAUGAGCGUCGGGAAACUAGUUCGCAGUGGACAAGCAUACUUGUUCCUCCUGCUGAGAGGCAAGUGUCUGUGGCUAUUGAGCACGCACGCACUCAUCAGGUUCUCAAAGUAGAUGAUGCUGAAUUUGAAGUUGUUUCUGCUGAAGGUUCUCAUAUAGUAAAUAUCUGUAGCCGCAACUGUUCAUGCCGUAGAUGGCAGCUAUGUGGGCUGCCCUGUGCUCAUGCUGUGGCAGCUCUUCUCUCUUGCAGGCAGAAUGUUUCUCGGUUUGCUGAAAGCUGUUUCACUGUGGCAAAUUAUCGCAAGGCAUAUUCACAAACCAUACACCCCAUACCAGAUAAAGCCCUUUGGAGGGAACUAUCAGUAGGAUUAGACGAUGCAGGCAACAAUUCUGUCGACCUCGUUAUAAAACCUCCAAAGUCUCUUCAACCACCAGCAGCUAAACCAAGAAAAAAGCGAGUUUGUACAGAAGUUUCGGGGCACAUGAAACAGACUGUGCAUUGCAGCCGCUGCCAUCAGACUGGACAUUUUAGAACAACAUGUACUGUCCCUCUAUAGAUGCUGGAUUCAAUUCCGCAGAAAAGUUCGUGAAUAUUUUUGCUAGAUUACAUAGAGCUUUGACAAUGAAUUUGCUUCCAGAGCCCAGAUUUAUUCCUUUUGUUUAUAAUGUUGGGCAAAAAUUAUGGGCAAUAUUUUGGAAUACUCGCAAAUUAUUCUCAGGAUUAUUGUUCA